CAGUCUUCAGAAAUGGUCAAAAUCUUUGCAAAAUAGCAAACAAAUUCACCUCAAAUUAAUAGAAAAUUGCAUCCAAACUCUGAAAUUCCCAUGCAUCCGUCUAUGUACGUUAUCCGAGAACAAAUAUAAUUAUAUGUUACUUCCUUUGCUGGUUUAUUUAUAAACCAUUCCACCUACCAAACCUCCACACUCAGAUCCAUCAAAGUUAACCAAACACUUGAGAAAGAUGCCCAAGAAACUCCAAAAGCGUUUCCAAGAUUACCUCACCAAGAUUAAGAAACCACCCCCUUCAAUCCAAUUCCCCUCUAAAAAAUGGAUGCGAGCCUGUAAACAUCCGGAAACCCUAUCUUUCGCUAUCAACAACAAUGAGACUCAGGACAAAGAUGAUGAUGCGGCAACACUCUCAGAUAUUGAUGAGUUUCUCUUCGAGAAUUUCAGGUCACUGUACCUGAGAGAUGAUCAAGGAGACACCACCGAUGAUUAUGAAAGAAGAGAAGAGAAAGAUCUACAUCGUCCUCCUCGUGACGCCCUUCGGGAUAAAAACCUACAGAUGAAAGAAGGCCAUCGUGGUGAUCAGAAAAAUGAAAGCACAAACGAGCCCUUUUGGGAUAAACGACCUCUAAAGCUGAAGAAGCGUCGUCCAGAUCAUCAAGAAACCCAAAAUAACCAAGAUGGGUUUCUGUUCGAAUCCCCUCGACUGAAUAUCGAUCCACCGGCGGUAGAUCUCUGCGGCUCACACAGGUUUUCAGUGUCCCCAGGUCGACUGUCAAGCUCGGUUCAGACUAGCACAACCACCACCACGACAUCUGAGGACGCAGGAUCCAGCUCUAGGUCAACACGAACCCUAAACGGCUCUGCUACCCCUAUCACAUCACAUUCUAAUGAUAACUAUCGCAGUACAAAAGAUGUGGCACUUCCCAGUGACUGUAUAUCAGUGUUGAUGUACUCUCCCAACCCUGGCUACGAGUUUAAAAGAUCCAUGCAUGACAUGGUUGAAGCUCGCCUCAGAAACAAGGCAAAUGUCGAUUGGAAUUUCAUGGAGGAGCUUCUGUUUUGUUAUCUUAAUCUCAACGAGAAGAAGUCCCACAGAUUCAUACUGAGCGCUUUCGCGGAUAUGGUCGUGGACAUGCGUCAGGAUUCUGACAUGGCUUCGGCGAGAUCACGGAAACUUUGAAAAUCCAGGUGAAGGACCAUGGAUUUCAGGGAAGAACAGGAAGAAAUAAGUGCUGGGAUACAAAUGUAGGCUUUAUUUAUUAAUUAGAUUGCUUCUGGCGUUAUGCACUAUCCUAUGCUUGUACUAUUGUACUAUAUUCAUCGAUCAUGUACCUUUCAAGAAAAUCAAACAAUUUCUCUAACAUUCAAAUUUUGUAAUUUUGUGGGU